UUCACUGUUUACAGCCUGGGCUUGUUGCAUCCAGGAGGCUCACAAAGUCUCCAGCUGCCUGCAGCCCCUCACCUGUGAGGUGCAGUGGCAAGGCGGAGGCCUGUCUGCAGUGGGCUGGGGGAGAGGGCAGGAACGACGCUGCUAUCUUGCUGCUCACUGGCUCCCAUUCAGGGAGCUGGGAGUGUGUAGGGCAGCUCCCACCACUGCAGUGGGGCUGGCGGUGCUAUGGGGCAGAGCGGCCCGGAGGUACCCUUGCUCUGGGAGGCCCUGUAGACUCUUCUCCUGGAUGUGACCAGCCUGCAGCCUCCGUGGCAGAGCUGUUGAUUCACAGCUGCUCCCACCCGCACCCUUUGGCCAGGUGCGGUGUGGAAGAGGAGGGGGGCAAUGUUACCUGGGAUUGCCCAACGUAGGGUCUAAAGGGUGCUGACCCCGGUGAUGCUGGAAGCUCCUGCCGCUGCCUUAGCCCAGCCCCAGGAGACGCACUGCCUGCCUGUGGGAUCAAGUCAUGUUGGCCCUGGCCCUCGUCCUGCUGCUGCUGGCUCCGCCGGGAGCUGGUGCUUUCCUCGAGGCCCUGGCUGCCAAGAACAUCUCCCAGAAGGAGGCCGAGUUUGACAAAAGCUACACGGACUUUGUGAACAGCGAGCUACUGAACAUCUACACCUUCAACCACACCGUGAUGAGGAACAGGACAGAGGGCGUCCGGGUGACGGUGAACGUGCUGUCUGAGCAGAAGGAGAUGCCGCUUCUCUUCGUGGUGAGGCAGAAGGAGGCGGUGGUGUCGUUUCAGGUGCCGCUGAUCCUCAGGGGCCUGUUCCAGAGGAAGUACCUGUACCAGAAUGUGAGCCGCACGCUGUGCCAGCCCCAGACCAAGAGCGAGUCGGAGACACAGUUCUUCUAUGUGGAUGUGUCCACGCUGUCUGUGAGGAACGCCUCCUACCAGCUGCGGGUCACCCGCGUAGAGAACUUCGUGCUGAGGACGAGCGAGCAGUUCAGCUUUAAUGCCACAGCAGCCCAGCCGCAGUAUUUUAAGUAUGUGUUCCCGGAGGGUGUGGACUCGGUGAUUGUGAAGGUGACCUCGCGCAUGGCCUUCCCCUGCUCCGUCGUCUCCAUCCAGGACAUCCUGUGCCCCGUCUACGACCUGGACAACAACGUGGCUUUCAUCGGGAUGUACCAGACCAUGACCAAGAAGGCAGCCAUCACGGUGCAGAAGAAGGAUUUCCCCAGCAACAGCUUCUACGUCGUGGUGGUGGUGAAAACGGAAGAUGAGGCCUGUGGAGGGUCCCUGCCUUACUACCCCCUCACCAAAGAUGAACCGGUAGAUCAAGGCAGUCGGCAGAAGGCGCUGGAUGUGAUGGUGUCACCUGCUAUUACCUCGGAGGUCUACGUCAGCGCCAUGCUCUUCUGCCUGGGGAUCUUCCUCUCCUUCUACCUGCUGACGCUGCUCAUCGCCUGCUGGGAGACCUGGAGACAACAGAAGAAGAGAAAAGGGCUCCUGGCUGCCAUGGACACGCCCACCACGGACACUGCGUCUUUACUGGGGCAUCCGCGCGUCACCCCGGACUCCCUCCUGGGUCACCCUCCCUACCACGGCUACAGCUAUGGCUCUUUGGAGAACAGUUCCACCCUAAGCACUGAGGGCAUCACCGAGAGCAUGGGCUCCACGGACAUCUCCUCUGGGUACACAGGGCUGGACCACUUCAAGCGACGUGUCCCCUCCAGUCAGAUGAGGCACCUGUGCAUUACUAUGGCGGAGCGCACCCUGGAGAAGGUGGCCAGCCGGCCCCGCCUGGACUCCCUCAGCUCCGUGGAGGAGGACGACUACGACACGCUGGCGGACAUAGAUUCCGACAAGAAUGUCAUCCGGACCAAGCAAUACCUGUACGUGGCAGACCUGGCCCGGAAGGACAAGCGUGUCCUGCGGAAGAAAUACCAGAUCUACUUCUGGAAUAUUGCCACCAUCGCUGUGUUCUACGCCCUCCCUGUCAUACAGCUGGUCAUCACCUACCAGACGGUGGUGAACGUGACAGGGAAUCAGGACAUUUGCUACUAUAACUUCCUGUGUGCCCACCCGCUGGGGAACCUCAGCGCUUUCAACAACAUCCUCAGCAACCUGGGCUACGUGCUGCUGGGCCUGCUCUUCCUGCUCAUCACCCUGCAGAGAGAGAUCAGCUGCAACCGGGCGCUGGUGCGCAACGACAUGCAGGCCCUGGAGUGUGGCAUCCCCAAGCACUUCGGCCUGUUCUACGCCAUGGGCACGGCGCUCAUGAUGGAGGGGCUGCUCAGUGCCUGCUACCACGUCUGUCCCAACUACACCAACUUCCAGUUCGACACUUCCUUCAUGUACAUGAUCGCGGGGCUCUGCAUGCUGAAGCUGUAUCAGAAACGGCACCCGGACAUCAAUGCCAGCGCGUACAGUGCCUACGCCUGCCUGGCCAUCGUCAUCUUCUUCUCCGUCGUCGGCGUGGUCUUUGGCAAAGGCAACAUGAUGUUCUGGAUUUUCUUCUCCAUCAUCCACAUCAUCGCCACACUGCUGCUGAGCACGCAGCUCUACUACAUGGGCCGCUGGAAACUCGACUCCGGGAUACUGCGCAGAAUUGUGUACGUGCUGUACACAGAUUGCAUCCGCCAGUGCAGUGGGCCCAUGUACGUGGAUCGAAUGGUGCUGCUGGUCGUGGGCAACAUCAUCAACUGGUCACUAGCUGCCUAUGGACUCAUCGUCCGACCAAACGACUUUGCCUCCUACCUGCUGGCCAUCGGCAUCUGCAACCUGCUGCUCUACUUCGCUUUCUACAUCAUCAUGAAGCUCCGAAGCGGCGAGCGCAUCAAGCUCAUCCCCCUGCUCUGCAUCAUUUUCACUUCCGUGGUCUGGGGCUUCGCUCUCUUCUUCUUCUUCCAGGGUCUGAGCACCUGGCAGAAAACACCAGCCGAGUCCCGGCAGCACAACAGAGAUUGCAUCCUGCUCAGCUUCUUUGAUGACCACGACAUCUGGCACUUCCUCUCCUCCAUCGCCAUGUUCGGCUCCUUCCUGGUGUUGCUGAUGCUGGAUGAUGACCUGGACUGCGUACAACGGGACAAAAUCUAUGUCUUCUAGGCCCUUUCCCGUAACACCACCUGGCCUGAGGUUUGUUAGUUGGGGCCUCCCGGAGGGGACUCCAUCCGGCCCAGGUGCUGCCUGCAGCCCUGGUCUCCGGUGUAGCGGACACUCAUGGUGGGGAGCUCACGAGGACAUGGCAAAGCAUCCCAGGUGUGGGGGCUUCUCUGGAGGUGGGAGUCGUGUUCAUGCUCCCCCGCCCGCCUCCUGCAUGCCAUGGUGUCGUCCAACCCUCAGACAGCGCCUUGCCAAACUGAGCACAUCACCUCCUUGCUUGAGCUGCUCAAAGGGCUGCAGGGCAGGCCCGACGCAUCCACCUGCCGCCACGUGGCUCACAGAGAGGGGUGGGGAUGGUGUGAAGCCCGGUCAGACUCAGCAGAAGCUGUUGCCCUUUCCCCUGCUGGGGCGACUGGUCCUGCAGUGUCGUGGGGGUGGCUCCAGGUUCCCAGCCUGGCAAGUGGUGGGUUCUCACUGCACUGCCGUUCUCCCGUCUCUGUCCCCACCACAGUGCCAUGCCAAGACAGACUGCCAUGGACACCUCUGCCUAACAUGCCUGGCUCCUCCUCAGCCAGCCAGCAUCCAGGUUCCCCCUUCAUGUUUAUCCCAUAUAGCUCUGGGGCCAGCGGGGGGCAGGGAACCUCUCAGAACAAACGUCAGGCAAGUUAGAAAACGCUCCAGUACUGGCCAGGGCACGGGGGAGCAAUGUGGCAUACCCUGCAAAGAGGAUAUUCAGCCCUCUCCCAGCCCAGGGACUGGCCUGCUCAGCUGUGCAGUUCAGUCGGUCCCCCCUCAGGCUGCUCCCGAGCUGGGCAGCUCCUCUCAGGCCUGGCUGUUUAGCGAGAGCGCUGGGCCUUGGCAUAAGUGUCCCUGUCAAGGCUUAGAUCAGGCCCUUCCUCUCUGCAGGCUCCCUGGCUCCCUCCUGUCACCCCCACCCAUCGUCUGGUCCCGGGGCAGGAGCCACUGCCCCCGCCAGUCUGUAUAGCCUCCCCGCCCGCUAGAGCAGGGGGCAGCCCAAGCCCUCGUGGCCCUACAGUAGGGUCUGAGGCAUGGCGAAGGCGAUGCUGAAGCAUUGGGCUCUCGCUGUGGUUCCAGCACUGUUCUCGGUGUGGGCUGCCCCCCCCCACCUGACAAGCUGUGAGGUAGGCCCAGAAGGGAGUUCCCAGCCCUAGUGCCCUGGGGCUGUAGCUGCCAUCCCUGCUGUCUUCACGGUUUCCUCCCCUCCGCCCGGGCUAUAACCAAUGUUACAGACCACAGGCAUGUCUGACCCACAGCCGGAAGAGGGGCUGUCCGGUCUCCAAGGCACGUGACUCUUGUAAAGGCGCUGCUGCUAUCGUUCGUACACCUGUGGCCUUUCCCGCGGGGGAAGGGUGCCGUUCACACCCCUUGCCAACGUGACGCCGUCCCCGUGGGUGCAGCACAUCCAACCCGUGCCCCAGGCGGAGGCUCCUCCGAGAAGCGGGAGAGCAGCCGGGGGCAGUUGCAUUUCGGUUCUAGAAGCACAUGGGCGCAUGACUCUCUUCAGUGCCUAAUUUUUAUCAUUUUAUUUAUUUUUUUUUUCGGGGGGGGGGGGGGGGGGAAGAUGUAUGUCCAGUCUAACUGUGUCUGGUUCCUCCCACUGCUAAGGACUUGUGUGGUCUUGGGGUCCCUCUGGCUAACAUGUACUGAAGGUGGGGUGUCAAAACACACAUCUGUGUUGAGGUUGUCAUUAAGCAACUUUCUCUGGUAGCCUGCUGGCUGUUUACAUUGCAAGUUUGAGCUUGUAUUCUAAUCUUAGAAUUGUUUAGGUUUAGGCUCAGGCUCAAAUUUGGACUCCACUCCAGGACUCUGUUCUCUUUGUUCUGGCCACAUAACAUAUCAGUGAUGGUUCUGUGGUGCAAGGUCCAGCGGUGCCUUGGUUACACAACGAAAGGCCAAGAAUGGUGCUUUUUCAGUCAUUGCAGGGAAAGAUACCCUCUUCCUGCUCCAGAAGAAGGGUCAUGUCGCUGGAAUGUCCAUAGUUUUCUGGUUUCUUGAAUGCAUUGACAAUAUUUUCAAGGAUAUUUUGACUUUCCAGACACACUGUUACUAAACCAAGUUGCACCAUGUUUUCUAAGAACGGUUUGGCCAUCAAAUGAAGAGAAUUAAACAAUAAAGUUGAUCUGCACUUUA